CAGACUGAGAGACUGUGAGCAGAUGACGCACUGAGCCCCAGUGUGAAGAUGGCUCCCUUUCCGGACGAGGUGGAUGUUUUCACUGGCCCGCACUGGCGAAUGAAGCAGCUGGUGGGCUUAUACUGCGAAAAGCUGUCGAAAACCAACUUCUCCAACAACAAUGAUUUCCGCUCAUUUCUCCAGUCACUGUGCGCCACCUUCAAGGAGUUCAAGAUGCACGAACAAAUUGAGAAUGAGUACAUUAUCGGCCUGUUGCAACAGCGCUGCUGCACUGUGUACAAUGUGCACUCUGACAACAAACUCUCGGAGAUGUUGUCCCUCUUUGAAAAGGGGCUGCACAGCGUUAAGAGUGAAUAUGAGCAGCUUAACUAUGCCCAGCAGCUGAAGGAGAGACUAGAAGCUUUCACACAGGACUUUCUUCCCCACAUGAAGGAAGAAGAAGAGGUGUUUCAGCCUAUGCUUAUGGAGUACUUCACCUAUGAGGAGCUCAAGGACAUCAAGAAACAGGUGAUAGCACAGCACUGCAGCCAACAGCAAUGGGACUGUGCCGCUGAGGUGCUGAAGGGCUUCAGCUUGUGGAGCCAGGCGGAGGAGCUGCAGAAAGCCUUUAAAUAUGCUGAUCACGAGAAGACAGAUUAUGAACUGGAAAAGAAAAAGGAUUCUUCAGCCCACAUCUCUCAGCUCCCUACAGAAAUUAUGCUGAGGCUGUUCCAUUAUUUGGGCCCUGAAGAUCUGUGUCGCUGCAGUCAGGUGUGCAGCUCCUGGUCAGAGCUAGCUAAGACUGGCUCUCUGUGGAGGCACCUCUACCCUGUGCGCUGGGCCAGAGGUGAUUAUUACAAUGGCCCACCCGGGGAUCUUGACCAGGAGCCAGAUGAUGAGUGGGUGAAGAGUCGGCAGAAUGAGGGUCGGGCAUAUCAGGAAUGGGAUGAGGAUGCUGAUGUUGAUGAGUCUGAUGUGUCGGGCCGCACAGUGGGUUUCCUGGCAAUUAGCACUGCUCAGCGAGAAAAGAGGCUUCUGAAUGGGAUUAUCCAGAACCUUCUGCCAGCUGUGGGUCCGUCUGUCAAGUCCAUUGUUCUGGCAUACAGUUCUACAGUCUCAAGUAAAAUGGUCCGUCAAAUUCUCAGUUUCUGCCCCAAUAUUACUCAUCUGGAUCUGACCCAGACUGAUGUUACAGAUUUUGCAUUUGACAGCUGGUCAUCUCUUGGAGCUUGUCUCUCUCUGGAGCACCUGGAUUUGUCGGGGUGUGAGAAAAUCACUGAUCACACCCUGAAGAAACUGUCCUUUGGGCUGGGCGAUCUCACGUCUUCCACCUGCGUUGACCAGCGUUUGGACCGGCGAGCCAAGCUCCUUAAAAGCUCUCCAGUGCCCAUCACAUUCAUGGAUGAGAGAAACCUGCAUCCAGCGGGGCGGAAGCGGCAGGCCUUCAUUUUCAAGCAUGGGACUGGUCGUUGGGGCACUGCUUGCACGCCCACGCGAGUGUGGGUACUGGACUCCUCAGACCUUGCUGAUAUUGAAGAUGCGGCUGAGUGGAGCCGUCGUGGUGGGAUGUCUCUUCCUGAUGCAGAAAGCUUUGUUGAGACGCAGCUUGUGGGAGGCUCCUGCUGUUGCAGGAGGAGCAGGAGGCGCGGGCUCAGGACUGGCUCAGAUGCCUCCUAUUUACAUCAGCAGUACGCCAUGUCUGGGGAAAUGUUCUGUGGUCACUCGACCUGCUGCACCAGUGACAUGGCCCUCAGGACUUUUGGUGGGCCACAGUGCGAGUCAGGCACCAUCCCAAACAGCACUGCAGAAUUUCGGACUAAGUGCUCCUCCUUUGGGGGCCUGCAGUGUCUGGAGCAUGAGAACAGGACUGACCCGUCAGAGGCAAAACGCUCUCUGAGAUUUCUCAGCCUCUCUGGAUGUUAUCAAGUCACUGAUUUGGGCUUGAGGGCUCUGUCCCAGCGUGGGGGACUUCCUGUCCUGGAGCAUCUCAACCUGUCUGGCUGCCUCUUCAUCACUGAGGUGGGGCUGCAGGAGCUGGUGUCAGCCUGUCCUUCUCUCAAUGAUGAACACUUCUAUUACUGCGACAACAUCAACGGUCCUCACGCAGAGACGGCCAGCGGCUGCCAGAACCUGCAGUGUGGCUUCAGAGCCUGCUGUCGCUCUGGAGAGUGACCCUGCCGAGCAGCGCUCUCCUAAAAAUGUCACGUCUGCUUUUUAUUGCACUUUAUCCUGGGAAUACCAUUUGCUGUAUUUUGCAUCACUCAAAAAAAUAUUUCUGGAUGAAACUGUAAUUUUGCUCCUGUUAUUUCCAUUUCCAUCUAUAUUAAAUGGAAACAAACCUUUAGAAAAGGAAAAAACGUGAAGAUGUGAUUAAGGAUUUGAAACGUCUGCAAAUGUACUUCCUGUUUCCUGUUUCGGUUUUGAAAAAGUAAAAACUAGAGAAACAUGAACACUACGUACUUAGUGUUUUUUGUAGUUAAACUAAGUUUCUUUUUUCACUAAAACUAUACUGAUUUGUGUAAGUCUGCUUCUCCCCUCGUUCAGUUGACCCAUUUAUAAUCAGCAUAGUGUUAACCGACCGACUGCAGCGUCAAAGUGUUGUUUUAACUUUUCUGUUUUUACCUUAAACAAGCUUUGUCAUUUAAUGGAGAGGGUGAUGUGGAAAAUUAAACAGGAGUGAACGGA